AUGCGGGAGGAAGAGGAGGGACAGGAGGAGCAGGAGCGGGAGAAUCGCGGCGCUCGCAGCGCCCGCACGCUGAGCCUGCAGCACCCCCUGCCCCGGGAGCAUCGCCCCCAGCCCCGAGCCGCAGAACAUGAUUUCCCAUUCCCAGACUUUGAUUGGACGGAGAAGGAGGCUGUGAGGAAGAGGAAGGAGCCCCGGGACACCCAGAUAGACGAGGAGAUGAGCAUGGAGACUAGAGAGGACAAAUCCCCACAGAAGAACCUCAUGGAAGAGGCUGUUAUGAGUAACUCCAGGGCACAGGAAUCCAAGGGGGAGGAAAAUCCCCAGAGAUUCCACAGGAGGAGGGGCUGCAAACCCAGCCCAGAGUGCUCUGAAGAAGAAAGACCCACCCUGAGCCAGGAAGGUGGACAGAGCUACAGCCAGCGCUCAGAGCUGGUGGCCCAUGAGCAGAUUCAUGAUGGGGAGAAGCCCCACAAGUGCUUUCAGUGUGGGAAGAGCUUCAGGCAGAGACACCACCUGAUCAGCCACCAGAUGAUCCACACCGGGGAAUGGCCCUAUGAGUGUGGGGAGUGUGGGAAGGGCUUCAGCUACAGAUCCGCCCUUGUGACCCACCAACGCAUCCACACUGGAGAGAGGCCCUACGAGUGUCCCCAGUGUGGGAAGAGGUUUCAGACCAGCUCCAGUCUCCUCCGUCACCAGCAGAUUCACACCGAGGAGAGGCCCUUCCUCUGCCCUGAGUGCGGGAAGGUCUUCAGGUACAGAUCCAACUUUCUGACCCACCAACGCAUCCACACUGGAGAGAGGCCCUACGAGUGUCCCCAGUGUCAGAAGAGGUUUCAGACCAGCUCCAAUCUCCUCCAGCACCAGCGGAUUCACACUGGGGAGAGGCCCUUCAGCUGCCCUGAGUGCGGGAAGGGCUUCAAGCACAACUCCAUCCUCAUCAUCCACCGGCGCAUCCACACUGGGGAGAGGCCUUAUGAGUGUCCCUUGUGUGGGAAAAGCUUCACCACCAGCUCUCAGUUGACCAGACACCAACGGAGGCACCAGUAA